AGUAAGAUUUUAGCUUAGUUUGCCUUAGCUGGUAACUGAAUCGUAGCGUUCCAGUCAUGCGCAUGUGCGCAACGCUUUAGUUUUCCUUUAGUUUAUAUUUGGUUACCAGGCAACCUGAUGUUAUUUUAGCUUCUCACAGAAACUCCAGCUUUACUAGCGUCUAGUUAGAAAAAAAAACAAAGUUGUUUUCAUAAUUAAUGCCGUCAAAUAAUCAAUCUUUGGCGUUUGUGUUAAGCAGGACAUGUCAGAUUCUCUCUUACUCCAGUAAUAAGCGCUGAUCUCUGGAGACUCGAGACCAUAGAGACAGCAGCAGAAGAGAGAUGACACAGUCAAUACAAACAACAACAAUGGAGAAUGAUGGUGAAUUAACGGAGGACGAGGUGUUUAAAUGCCUGUCCAACCUGGGACAGUCAGCGACAGGACUCCAGCACACUUACCUAUGCCUCUCUGUGCCAGGGCGAGACUUGAAAAAUGUCUCCAUUUUAUGCAAUUACAUCUAUCUACAAAAGCUCGAGCUUCCCCACAAUAAAAUCAAAGAUCUAUCCUGCGUGAGUCACAUGCCACACCUCAUCAUACUGGAUGCUUCCCACAACCAAAUCACCGAUUUCUUUGGAUUCCAGCCGCCAAAAAAUCUCAAGGAGGUAAAUUUCUCACACAACCAGAUGACAGCAAUGAAGGAUCUUUCUUCAUAUCCCUCUUUGACCAAACUGAUUCUUGACUAUAAUUCAUUUAGUGCCAUCAGGGGGCUGGAAAAGUGCAAAAGGCUCUCACACCUCAGCCUGGCCCAUAACAACAUCUCCCGCAUUAGGGGUCUGGACCAUCUGCCUCUCCGAAAGCUCUGCCUGAAGGGGAAUGUGAUACAGAAGAUUGAGAACCUCCAGACUCUACGCAAUCUGCAAGUUCUAGAUUUGUCCUGUAACCGGAUUCAAAGCCUCUCAGGUCUCCAGAACCUCCAUCUCCUGGGAAACAUCAACCUUGAGAGCAAUCUGAUCAGUGAGGUAAAGGAAGCUGCAUAUCUGCAUGACCUGAUAUUGUUGAGACAAAUGAAUCUCCUCAAAAACCCAGUGCAGGACCUGGAUGACUAUAGAUUAGCUGUGAUAUUUCUUCUUCAACACCUCGUAUUUUUGGAUCAACACACUGUAACUGCAGAGGAGAAGGUGUCUGCCGUGAACAAGUACGACCCUCCUCUGGAGGUGAUCGCAGCUAGAGAUCACAUGACCCACUUGGUCUACCACCUUAUGCAGCCGCAGGUUAUUUUUGACAGUACUCUACCCAGUCUGGAUGCUCCAUAUCCCAUGCUGGUUCUCACUGGCCCGCAGGCCUGUGGGAAGAGGGAACUCGCCCAUAAGCUGUGCCAGGAAUUCAGCGACUAUUUUGCUUAUGGUGCCUGCCACACAACUAGGGGGCCCUAUUAUGGAGAAGAAGAUGGAUCCGACUAUCACUUUGUCACUGAGGAAGAAUUUCAGAAUAUGAUUCAAAUGGGUCAGUUUGUCCAGACGAUGCAGUACGGAGGACACUGGUAUGGCCUGUCACGGGAAACUAUUGAGCGUGUGGCUCGUGAAGGUCUGGCUUGCUGUGUGCAUAUGGAAUUAGAGGGAGUGUAUAGCUUGAAGAACUCGUAUUUUGAGCCCCGUUAUGUCUUGCUGAUCCCCACUGUUGUUGAUAAUUACGUCUGCUUUUUGAAAGCAAGAGGAUUCUACAGCAACACUCAGAUGGAAAAUGCUGUGUCUCGCAUUGAUUUGUACAGCAGAAUCAACAGAGAAUCACCUGGCUUCUUUGACAACAUCAUCCCUUGUGACGAUCGUGCUGAGGCCUACCGGACUCUAAAACAGCUUGUGAAGGAGUACCUUGGUCUAGAGGAGCAUGGAGGAGGAGGUGACAGCAGCUCAAUCACACCUGACAACACCUCCACAAACACAACUGGCGAGUUACUGGCAGCCAACACGACAGAGGCCAUUGACCUUAUGGACUCCUACAGCAGAAACUACCAGAACAAAAUCCAGGCCAAGAUGACGCCUCAGCAGACCCCUGCAGAAGUGGCUUCCAAUCACAGACGGCAGCAGCUGAUUCGGGAAGCUCUGAGCGGGAAGAGUCUUGGCGCUUAUACCGAGCUGUUUCAGAGGAGUGCACCCAUAGCUCCAUCAUCAUUAGCCUCUCAGUCCCGGCCCCCGCCCGGCCGCUCUUCCUCCCCAACGCGUCCCGUUGGCCUCGGCGGUCCUGACCCUGAUGAGGACACCAGUUCUGAGGAAUCUCGUGCCAGUUCUGGCCUGUCCAUGAGGAGCUCAGCAGGGGCGCUCUCAGCAGAAAGCCCGGCCCGGGGAUCAGACGCUGGGUCAGGGCCCAACAUAGAGCCUUUGGAUAUGUCUAUGUUGGGGCAGGACCGGGACUCUCUUAAAGGUCACACAGACUCUGGUUUGACCCCUGAUGCUCCUCGGUCAGUCUCUGAGCGGGUCUCCCCAACACUCCCCUCCUCCCCUGGCCGCCCAGGUGCCAAUGUUAAACCAGUCCUGCCGCCUAUCCCAUCUGGAAGAAAGACCAAUGAUUCUGGUUCAAAGCAGUAACUGAUAGUACAAAGAGCUUCACAGAAAAUAGAUAUUUGCACAUCAUGUGAGUGUUAGUGGCAAAAAUAGGUUUUUGAAAUAAGUUUAAUUAACCCCUGUAGCUUCAAGCCAGCCAUUCAAUAAAUGACAAUGAAGGCAACAGCUGUGGUGAGUGCUGUGAGGCAAAAGCAGUCAGGUCAUUGGAAAAUAUGGAGAUUCUCAUCCUUCAUCUGUGGCCUACAGUGUGAGUGAUCCGAGAGGCUGAAGGCUUAUCCGUCAUCAGCAGAUCUAAGCUCUGGAAACAGCCCGAAGCUCUCAAAUCCCUGGACACAGGAAAUGAGGCAAGAACAUGUGCAAUAGAGUUCACACUUUAUAUUACAAUGUUCAUGUUACAGAAUAAUCACUUUGAGAUAACGUUCAAAAUUAUUAUUUUUAUUAAACAAUUUAAUGAUUUUUAAAAAAUUUUAAUAAGUUAAUACUUUUACUUACAGAAGAUGUAAUCAGUUAAAUAAAAGUGACAGUAAAGACAUUAAUAAAGUGAUUUUAUAUGAUUUUAAAAAUCUUACUCACCCCAAACUUUUGAAUUUUGUGGAAGCCCACUUCUGCCUUUAAAUAAAAAAUAAAAAAGUAAUUGUGAUUCUUUUAUCUCACCCUUUUUUGUGACUUUUUUUUUACUCACAAUUGCAAGUUAUAGUUAAAAUUGAGAUGUAAACUCUCAGUUCUUAGAAAUGAAGUCAGUAUUGCAUGAUAUAAACUUGCAAUUGAGUUAUGAAGUCAGAAUUCCGUGAUAUAAACUCGCAAAUGCAAGUUAUAAAGUCAGAAUUGAGAUAAACUCACAAAUAUGACUUUUUCCACAGAACUGCGUGAUAUAAACCUGCACAUCUGAUUUUUUCUCAGGAUUGCAUGAUAUAAACUUGCAAUUGAGUUAUAAAGUCAGAAUUCCGUGAUAUAAACUCGCAUUUGCAAUUUAUAAAGUCAGAAUUGAGAUAAACUCACAAAUUUAACUUUUUUCACAGAAUUGCGUGAUAUAAACUUGCAAUUGUGAGUUAUAAAGUCAGAAUUCCGUGAUAUAAUCUCGCAAUUGCAAGUUAUAAAGUCAAAAUUGAGAUAAACUCACAAAUAUGACAUUUUCACUGAAUUGUGUGAUAUAAACUUGCACAUCAGAAUUUUUUUCUCAGAAUUGUGUGUUAUAAACUUGCAAUUGUGAGUUAUAAAGUCAGAAUUGUGAGACAAACUCACAAUUCUGAGAAAUAAACGUUUAUAUCUCACAUUUCUGACCUAAUAGCAUGCAAUUGCGUUUUCAGAAGUCAGAAUUAUGAGGUAUAAACCCGUAAUUCUGAGAACAUAUAACUCACAAGUGCAAGUACAUAUCUCAAAAUUCUGAGGAAAAAAAAGUCAGAAUGGCAUUUUUUAUUGCAUUUUUUCAGACGACUUCUCGCAGUUGUGUUUAUAUCUCACAAUUCUGAAAAAAAGUCAGAACUGUGAGAUAAAAAGCAAUAACCUUUUUAAAAUUUUUAUUCAGUGGUGGAAACGGGCUUCUGUAGAAUGCAUUGCAAGUGACUUUGGAUGAAAGUGUCUGCCAGUUGCAUAUGUUAGCAUAAAUAAACAGAAUUAUGUCAACAUAAUAUAUGUGUAACAUGAACUUGUAAUCUACGUGUAACUCAAUGAUUUUACCUCUGCUGCGGCUCAUUCCUGGCCACAAAUGAGCAGCUGGAGCGGUUGGAGACACUCUCUGCCUGUAAUGAAUGUAUCUUAUGGCUCAAUCUGACACACAGACUGAGUAAAUAUAUUGAGACAGCUAUUCGGGUAUCUCGUGACACAAGUUGCAUUUCAUUUCCGCUUUCAUUUGUCAUCAGCGUGCAGUGAGCCUGUGUGUGUAUAUCUGUACAGUAUGUACACACACACACCUGGCCGUCCAUCAGCGUCAGUCCCUCUAACUGGCAGAUGUUGCAAUGAUCUCAUAAUUCAGAGGCAGUUUCAGACAAGACGGUUGUGCGAACCCUCGGGCGUAACCUACUUACAGAGACAGUCUUCACACUUUUGCUAUCUUAUCACUCUCAUCUAGAUCUCACGCUCCUAUUGCUGGACUAUGUUGAACAGCGUUUAAGAAAUGUGAAUAUAUAUACAUAAAUAGUUGGAAGGCCAAAUGGUUCAAAAACACAUGAAUUUUAUUUGGCUUUUGGAACUUCUGUUUCUAAGAAUGUAGGGGUAACCCAUCAGUCAAUCCUGACACACUUUCGUAAGAUGGCAGAGAUUCUCUCAUAAUCAUAAUCAUGACAAGCUGACUCAUAAUUUCCUUCUCUUCUUUCAUCUCCACACAUAUCACGUAUCUCCAUAACCUGGUCUCUGAAAAACCAAGAUCAUAUCUCAGAGUAAGGCAAUCCUGUCCACAUUAUAUUAUCCAGAGCAGAGCUGAGAGACAAAGAAGCCUGCGUAAAUCAUCUUCUCCGCAUAAAGGCGAGAGAGCACGAGAGAGGCUAAAUCGAAGUGGAGCUGUUGUAUUUUACCCUCAUAGCUGCAAAAGCUGUUUGUCAGUUCAGGCCUACAGCUGUGACUGCUCUUGAUACACUGUUGUUAAAUUGCUGCUUCAGUGAAGUUUAGGCCUGUGAUUUCUUGCUCAUAGAAUAGAGGUAGAGGAUUGUAAAUAAGAACCGUUGCAAAUUUUUAUCUGCGCUGUAUGCUUCAUUCUGCUUAUAGAAGUAUAUUUAAAGGGGUAGUUCACCCAAAAAUUUAAAUUCCGUCAUGAAUUACUCAUCCUCAUCCCAGUCGUUCCAAACACAUAAGACUCGUUCAUCUUUGGAACACAAAUGAAGAUAUUUUUGAUGAAAUCCGAGAGCUUUCUGACCCUGCAUAGACAGCAAUGCAACUACUAUGUUUAAGGCCCAGAAAUGUAGUAAGGAUAUUGUUAAAAUAGUCCGUGUGACAUCAGUGGUUCAACCAUAUUGUUACGAAGCUAUUACAUGUCAGUGUCCGCCACCAUACACAAGAUGAGAUGACAAUUAAUGACAGAAUUUUCAUUUUUGGGUGAACUAUCCUUUUAAGCAAUAAUAUAUGGGUAAGUUGUUGUAAUACAGUUGUGCUGAAUAUCAACGGACUUGCUUUUAUAUGAAGUUAAAUUAGCAAUUAAUAUAGUUAGAUAAUUCAAAAGCUCUGAAUAAUCCUGGAGUGAGAGAAUACACAAAUGCUCCAGAUUUCAAAAACCCUGACUAAAACUUUAAUAAUCAUUCCUGUAAUAUGAGUGUGCAGUUUAAACUUUUAUGUUAGGAUUUAAGAAAAAUUUGAGAACUUGCAAUAAAUGAUUUUGCACUAUUAAUGCUGUUUCCUUCUGGCUUUGACUGCUUACGCAUGUAAACGAGCAUCAGACAUCCAGCUAAGAUCUAACUUUAAUCAAAGAAUGAUUUAAAUUUUAGACAUGCGUUUGUGUUCACAGACUUCGAAUAUCGUUAAUAAAUAGUAGGCCAUCCGUGUUUGCUUACUAAUAUUUUGUCUGAUUUGUCUAAUUAGGCUUUCAGUAGCCAGUCAGUUUUGGUUACGAUUUACUUUACGGUGUCCAUUUUACGGUGCAAUUAUACAUUAAGUAUUAAGUAAUUUUAAUGAACAACAUGCACUUACUACAAGGUUAUGGUUAGGAUUAGGGUUUGAUUUAACACCAUGUCUACACCGGACGCGAGCGUGGCACGAUGCAACAAAAUACUAUAGAACCCACUAUAAUUGGAUGCGGCAUGACGCGACAAGACAUGACAAAUCCCUGACGUAGACUGAUAUAGAAGAGCAAAAAAUGCGAACAGCACAACAACACGUAAAAAACGUAAAUUUAACACAUAUUAUACAUGUUUUUCAUGUGUUAAAUACGUGUUUGCACUGAUUUUUCAUGUGCAAACAAUACGUAUUUAAAGGGUUACUCCACCCCAAAAUUACUCAACCCCUAUGUCAUUCCAAACCCGUAAAAGCUUUGUUCAUCUUCGGAACACGGAGCAAGGAGAUUGGUAAAAUAAUCCAUGUGACAUCAGGGGUUCAACCGUAAUUGAAGUUGCGAGAAUACUUUUUGUAUGCAAAGAAAACAAAAAUAACGACUUUAUUCAACAAUUCGUCUCCCCUGCAAUCACCCUACACUGUAAAAAAAACACUGUUGAAUCAACUUAAAAUAAUUUGUA